GUUUGUCAUGAAAUAAUAACCUAACCGUUCACUUACACAUUUUAUUUGUUCGAGCUAGAUGUCAGGAGUCGAAAAUUAAACAAUCAUGGGCCGUAUUAAAAAAAAAGAUCCAAGAGCCAAAAAAUAUCAGAUUCCCAAUCCAAAUGAUUUAGAAUCGGCCAUUAGCUGCAUAAAGGCACGACAAAUGACCUAUAGAGAAGCUAGUGAAGUAUAUGGUAUACAUUAUUCAGUACUUUUCCGCCAUGUCAAAAAUUCGAACAUGAAGGCACAAGGUGGACAAACUGCACUUUCCACUGAAGAAGAAAAUCAUAUAGUAUCAUGCCUGUCUCUUUGUGCAGAAUGGGGCUAUCCAUUAGAUAGGUAUGAUAUUAGAAUGGUGGUGAAAGGAUACCUGGAUCGACGUGGUAAAAAGGUGAGACAAUUCAAUAAAAACAAUUUGCCUGGAAAGGAUUGGGCAAAUGGUUUUCUGACUAGGCACAAAACAAAACUUGCACUCAGAUUAUGUCAAAAUAUAAAACGUUCUAGGGCAGCUAUUACUAGAGAAACAUUAAAUGAUUACUUUGACAACCUGGAGAUUUCUAUAGAUGGUAUUCCUCCUAGUCAUAUUGUUAACUACGAUGAAACCAAUCUAACCGAUGACCCGGGUACACGUAAAGUAAUUACAAAGCGUGGAUCGAAAUACCCCGAACGUGUUAUGAAUAACAGUAAAGCUUCUACUUCUGUAAUGUUCGCUGCUGCAGCUGAUGGAGUACUCUUACCUCCAUAUGUUGUAUAUAGAUCAAAACAUAUAAGUGAUACAUGGAGAAUUGGUGGUCCUAAACAUACCCGUUUUAAUCGCACAAAAUCUGGUUGGUUUGACAGUUUUUGUUUUGAUGAUUGGAUCAAAACUAUUGCUAUUCCAUAUUUGUCUAAACUUUCUGGGACAAAAAUAUUAAUUGGUGAUAAUUUGUCAAGUCAUCUUUCGACUGAAUCAAUUAAAAUUUGCCAAAAAUAUAAUAUUAAGUUUGUAUUCCUACCUACCAAUUCCACCCAUCUAACUCAACCGCUUGAUGUGGCCUUUUUUAGACCACUGAAAAUGCACUGGAGAAGUAUUUUAGAAAAUUGGAAAAAAACUGAUGGUGCUCAUGAAAUAUGUAUUCCUAAGGAUCAUUUUCCAAUGUUAUUGAAACGGCUUGUACUAAAACUCAAUGAAAAUAGUGUAAAUAAUAUAAAAGCUGGUUUUGAAAAAUGUGGUAUUGUGCCAUUUAACAGAGAUAGAGUCCUAUCUAUGUCGCCGUAUGAUAGCUGUGAUGUUAAUCAAAGUGGAGAUAGCAUAAAUAGUUCAGUUUUAGAGUUCUUAAAAAGUAUGAGGUCAAGUAACAGUACACCAAGAAAAACUAAAAAAAGAUUACAGGUAGAACCAGGGAAAAGUGUUGAAACUGUGUCAGAUACUGAUAGUGACUCAGAACUAAUAACAGAAUUACCUCAUGAAAGUUCAUCAGAUGCAGACGAACCUGAAAUGUCAAUAAGUAAUGUUCUUCAUACUACUUCAGAACCUCAGGUAGUGAAACAUGGCAUAACAUUUAAAAAUGUAAUCCCUAUAUACAAAGAAAAUGAAGUAAACGUUGAUGACUGGGUAUUAGUAUCUUUCCAACUCGACAAUCUGAAGCAAUCAUCUAGUAAAGAUAUGGUAUACAUGUAUUAUAUUGGACAAAUCAUUAAACAAUUAGAUGGAUCUACAUUUGAAGGCACAUUUUUAAGAAGCAAGACCACAAAACUGUUUAAAGGCUUUGUGUAUGGGUUUCCAAAUGUUAAAGAUAUUUGUGAGUUUGAUAGAUCCCAAAUUAUUGGAAAAAUGCAAAAACCAGUACCAUAUUGCAGAGGGCUUUUCAAGUUCAAUUUUAACUGUAACUCCAUAUAGUCUUCUAAUUAUUUACUUUUAACAAUUAAUAGUUUAAAGUAUUAACUAAUUAAUUAUGUUUGUUGCCUACUGUUUAAUAUAAAAAAGUAAAUCCAAAGACUGGAAAUUAAAAGACUAAAAUGUUAAUUUAAUUUUUAU